AUCACAAUACAUGUUCAUUUAUUAAACAUAUAAAUAAAUGUUCAUUUCCAACAUAUUUGGGGUUCAUUUUAAGCAAGCAAUACAGUAAUUUUUAAACAAUAGUUGAGAUAAAUAAUACCUAGCAGGUUGAACAAACAUUUAACCCAAUCGCUGGGUUUGUCCAUUUUAAACCUAACUUGGGUUGUUUUAACAAUAGUACUGUUCUUAUUGAGAAUAAUUAUGUUUUCAGCUCAAAAUAUAUAAUGGUGUUAAAGUAAAAAAAAAAAAAAAUGUUUCGCAGUUCCUGCGGCAAGACCUUCUUUUCUUUACAUUUUUAUUUAAAAUAAAAUUACCUCUAUUUUUAUUCGUAUGUACCUAUUAAGCACAGCUGGCUCUGAGGUGUAGGCCUAAAUGAUGUUGCUGUGAAACAUAGUUGUCACGGUAUAAAAUAAUCUAAAAAGACGCUUCGUCAUAUGUUAAACUCCAUACUUUUGCACACAAUUAAUUCCCAUUAUUAACACAUGCUGCUGCCGACUUUCGUUUUCACAAACAGCCUCUAAACUGAGCUCGUGCCGUUCUCGCCGUCGCGCGGUUAGGAGCGGUUAACGGUGCGCCUGCAGUAGUUAACACAUUAGAGACUGUGGUGCAUAUGAAAGAGAGCUGUGAGAGGAUUCUCAGUGCUGCUACAGCGUGUUAAAGUGCAAUUCCCUCAGGAUGAACCCAAGACUGACCAAUGACAGCACAGAUCCAGGAAAGGCAUCCCCUCUCUAGUAGCUUUCCUACACUCAACCAUAUGUCUUCAGACCUGACUCAUGCUUCACACACACAAGACCUUAGAGUUCAUCGCUCCUGAACCGCCAAGUAAAGGUUCCCAAACAGAAGAGAAGGAUCUCAGGACUUGCACAAGUCGCUAUAUGUCUACAGGACCGAAUACAAACAGCAAGUGAAAUUGUCCUCGGAUCCCCCCUCAUCGGCUGUGGUGAUGUCGGUGUCUCUCUCCAGUCACCCCGCAGUGAGAGACAGGAGUCUCGCUGUCUACCCGUCUCUGCCCGGCGCGCACUACGCGAACGUCCUCAAGAGCGCGCACAGCAUCUUCCAUCCGCUCAAAUCUCUGGGCCGCAUGGUGACCGACGCACAAACAAUCAUGCCGUUUAACUUCACCGGGACUCCGUCUUUUUUCACCCACAACAGCCACCAGACCGCGGUGUUCCAUGAACAGAUCCUCAACCUGUCCAACAUGCCAUAUUUUCAGCACGUGCAGCCUUCACAAAGCAUGUACACCAGACAUGAGGAGCAGAGCACCGGCUCUCCCUCCGAGUUCAGCAGCCCUUCCAGCAGAAAGUCUUCUUCGGCUUCAUCCUCUCCGGUUAAGGACAGUUUCGGCUGCCUGCAGGCCGCAGUUCCGACACCCGAGCGCGCGUGCACCUACAGUUUCACAGAGGAAGACCUCUUCACGGUCCUGUACGGAUAUUCCAAAAAACAAGGCCAAAAUGUUGGACAUGCCAUCUCUGGACUAUCAUUCCCUCCCAGUGCAGCUGAUCGUCAUCUUCUCCCUGUUGAUACCGAAGGAUUUGAACUCCCAGAAGGCUUAUCGAUUCUCCAAACUAAUUGUGGAAGCCUUUCCCAUUAUGGAGUUUUUGCUGAUAAAAGCACAAUUCCAAAGGGCACCAGGUUCGGACCUUUUCAGGGCAAACUGGUGAACACAAGUGAGAUCAAAACCUAUGAUGACAACACGCUCAUGUGGGAGAUCUUUGAGAACGGGCGCUUGAGUCACUUUGUGGAUGGAAGAGGCGCUCCGGGGAAUUGGAUGUCCUUGGUGAAGUGCGCGCGCUUUCCAGAGGAGCAGAACCUGACUGCGGUGCAGUGUGAAGGCCAGAUAUACUAUGAGGCCUGCAAAGAGAUCCGAGCCGGCCAAGAACUGUUGGUCUGGUACGGAGACUGCUAUGUGCAGUUUCUGGGCAUUCCUCUUACUCUUAAAGAGUUUAUUGAUGACAGUGAACCGCUUCCAGCUGAAGAUUCUGGAGAGGGUUUCAAGUGUGAUCGCUGUGGUAAAGUCUUCGCUUAUAAGUACUACAGAGACAAACACCUGAAAUACACGCGCUGUGUGGAUCAGGGCGACCGGAAGUUCCCCUGCCACCUCUGCAACAGGUCUUUCGAGAAGAGAGACAGACUCCGAAUCCACAUUCUCCAUGUGCAUGAGAAACACAGACCUCAUAAGUGCUCCGUGUGCGGCAAAAGUUUCUCGCAGUCCUCGAGUCUGAACAAACACAUGCGCGUGCACUCAGGAGAGCGGCCUUACAAAUGUGUUUACUGUAACAAGGCGUUUACGGCCUCCAGCAUCCUCCGCACUCAUAUCCGCCAGCACUCCGGCGAGCGGCCGUUCAAGUGUAAACACUGCGGGAAAGCGUUCGCCUCUCACGCGGCACACGACAGCCACGUCCGACGGACACACUCCAAAGACAAGCCCUUCUCCUGUGAUGUGUGUGCGACCACUUUCCAGGACGCACAAGAGUUGAAAUAUCACAUGAAGACGCAUAAAAAGCGACCAAUUUUGGACAGCACUGUUGUUCUUCCUGGAGACGAAAACACGCUCUUCCCUACCAAAGAUUCUCUACACGCACAGAAACAGCUGGGAGACAGUUUCUCUUUUCCCGGGAUGACCAGCAUCACCUCCGAGUACAGACCCUGGAACUAACGCUUCGACACUGCAUCUCAUUAUGUUAUUCCGCCUUUUCCCAGAAAGAAGGCUUGCGUCAAUGUUGUUUUGUGUAUUUUAUUUAAUGUAGUUACCUGUGCCCUAAGAAAAUAUUUUUGCUUUAACUUUAUUAUUUUAUAUUUUAAAUGUUGUUUCUAUUUAUUAAAAUGUUGGCAUUAGAAAUACGUUUUGUACUUUUUAAAGUUAGCUCAAAGCAAAUGUUGUCGUGUAAUCGUGAGCUGCACAACCAAAGCCAGUUAAUAAUACCAAAGACUGAAUUUAUUAUUAUUAUUAGCCUAUUAUUACUGUUACAUAUCGUCAAUUUCUUUAUCAUGAGAUGUAACUGCUGUUCAAAUUUGUCUGUGUUUCUGAUCGUCUGCAAACUGAAAA